CCGGGGCAGCAGGAUCGCGGCGGCGGCUGCUGCUGCUGCGCGAAGGGAGCGUGGAGCGGAGGGAUGUGGGGCUUUGGGGGAGGCAGGAUCUUCGGGAUCUUCUCUGCUCCCGUCCUGGUGGCCGUGGUCUGCUGCGCCCAGAGUGUGAACGAUCCCGGCAACAUGUCCUUCGUGAAAGAAACUGUGGAUAAAUUGUUGAAGGGCUACGACAUCCGCCUCCGGCCGGAUUUCGGAGGUCCGCCCGUCUGCGUGGGGAUGAACAUCGACAUCGCCAGCAUCGACAUGGUUUCCGAAGUCAACAUGGAUUACACUUUGACGAUGUAUUUUCAACAGUACUGGAGAGAUAAGAGGCUGGCUUAUGCUGGCAUCCCUCUCAACCUCACACUUGAUAACCGGGUGGCAGAUCAGCUUUGGGUGCCUGACACGUACUUCUUAAACGACAAGAAAUCAUUUGUGCACGGCGUUACUGUGAAGAACAGAAUGAUUCGCCUUCACCCGGACGGAACGGUGCUUUACGGCCUCAGAAUCACAACCACUGCAGCAUGUAUGAUGGACUUGAGAAGAUACCCAUUAGAUGAACAAAACUGUACUCUGGAAAUAGAAAGCUAUGGCUACACAACUGAUGACAUCGAGUUCUACUGGAGAGGUGGAGAUAACGCAGUCACUGGCGUGGAGAGGAUUGAACUUCCUCAGUUCUCUAUUGUGGAAUACAGACUGGUGUCAAAGAAUGUUGUCUUUGCCACAGGUGCCUAUCCAAGACUCUCACUGAGCUUCAGGUUGAAGAGAAAUAUAGGCUACUUUAUUCUUCAAACCUAUAUGCCCUCCAUACUGAUUACCAUUUUAUCAUGGGUGUCAUUCUGGAUCAAUUAUGAUGCAUCAGCAGCAAGAGUUGCCCUUGGAAUUACGACUGUGCUGACUAUGACAACAAUCAACACUCACCUGCGAGAGACUUUGCCUAAAAUUCCAUAUGUUAAAGCCAUUGACAUGUAUCUCAUGGGCUGCUUUGUGUUUGUCUUCUUGGCCUUACUUGAAUAUGCCUUUGUCAACUACAUUUUCUUUGGAAAAGGCCCUCAAAGGCAGAAGAAACUUGCAGAAAAAACAACAAAGGCAAACAAUGAUCGCUCGAGGUUUGAAGGCAGUCGGAUGGACACCCAUGGAAACAUUCUGCUAACAUCGCUUGAAAUUCACAACGAAGUGGCAAGCAACGAGGUCACCACCAGCGUUACAGAAGCCCGAAAUUCAACUAUAUCCUUUGACAACUCAGGAAUCCAGUACAGAAAACAAAGCUCACAUCGUGAAAGCCUCGGAAGGCGCUCGUCAGAAAGAACAGGCACCCAUAGCAAGAGGGGCCAUUUACGAAGAAGGUCUUCACAAUUGAAAAUAAAAAUCCCCGAUCUAACAGAUGUGAAUGCCAUCGACAGAUGGUCAAGAAUGGUGUUUCCAUUCACAUUUUCUCUUUUCAACUUAAUUUACUGGCUAUACUAUGUUAACUGAGUGACUUAGUUUUUUUAAAGGACUUCAACUAUAACAAGUGAAGUACUACUUGCCUGCAGAGUUUAUAUAUAUAUUUAUAUAUAUAUAUUUAUAUAUAAAGAAAUAUAUAUAUGAACUUUUACUAUGUAGACCAUACUCAUGUAUGUGUGAAUACAUGUAGCAAAGAACUGUGUGUACUUUAAAGCACAUCUUGCAAAGCAAAAGUAUAUGUAUGCACACACACAUGAACACAUUCAUUCUGAGGUUAUGGACACUUUAACAUAGAAUGCACUUCAGAGGAACUUUUUAAAUUGAAAGGCAGGUGUCAUCAAAGCAGCAGGCCUUGAGAAAAUAAGUGUUGUAUAUUAUCACUACAAAACUUUGAUUGUCAUAGAAAUUUUUGAACAGCUGUAAUCAUGUAUAAAGUCAGUAUUUAGUAACAUCCUUUGUAAAUGCUGCCAUACACACUAAUCAUAAAGCAGUAGAGUUACACUGGUAAGUUUAAAAUAAGUUAUUUAUAUUGCAGAUCCAUCAGCUACCAUUUCAUUAAGCCAAAAUUAUUUUUCUUUGCUAAAAUUUCUGAGGUUUAUAUAUGUCAUAAUACAUCUUUUCCCAAGUCUGGAUGAGCAUAGUUUUUAAUGAUCUCUUGCUUUCUCUUCUGCAGUAAACAAGCUGAUCAUGGGAGUGUUGUAGGUCUUUGGAGACAUAUACAGGUUUAUAAUAUUUCAAACAAGCAU